AUGGAGCAACUUGGUAAUAUAACCUUUUGGGAUGUUAAAGAUGCCUUUAAUAAAGUUAAAAAUGUAGUAAUGAAUUAUACAGAAAUGGAAGCUAAAGUACACGAAGCAACUAACAAUGAACCUUGGGGUGCCAGCACUACUUCAAUGUCUGAUAUUGCACAAGCAACUUAUAACUAUCAACAUUUCAAUGAAGUAAUGACAACAAUUUACAAAAGAUUUACCGAAAAAGAAGCAAGGUAUUGGAGACAAAUUUAUAAAGCACUUCAAUUAUUAGAAUAUUUGGUGAAGCAUGGUUCAGAUAGAGUUGUAGAUGAUGCAAGAGCACAUAUGGCCCUUCUCAAGAUUAUGAAAAAUUUUUCGUAUAUUGACGAAAAAGGAAAAGAUCAAGGAAUUAAUGUUCGUAACCGAGCAAAAGAACUUACCGAGUUGUUAAGUGAUACCGAUAGAAUUAAAAUGGAAAGGAAAAAGGCUAGAGCCAAUAGAACGAAAUAUACAGGUGUUAGUUCCGAAUCACUUAGUUUUGGUAGCGCAAGUCAAUAUCGAGGAUUUGGUAGUGAUUCAUCUGGUGGAUCUCGCGGAUUUAGAGAUCAAGACGAUGAUCAAUCAUAUUCUAGAUAUAAUGAUUCAAGCUCACAAGCGUUCAGUGAAAGAUCGGAAAGAAAUUCUUCAUCAAUUCAUGAUAGGAGAUCUAGCGCUGGGACUAGGAAUGAUUUUGUUAACGAAACAAAUUUGGUUGAUUUAGAUGAUAUUUUAUCCACCAAUUCUAAUAAUACUAAUAGUGCAAAUAAUAAUGCAAAUGACUUUGGUAAAUUGCAAUCUACUACAUUUGCAACAACAUUACAAAAUCAACAACAAACAUCAAUUGAUUCCAAAAAAAAUGACAACGAUGAUAUAUGGGCAAUAGCAUCAAAUCUUGUUAGUUUGGAUUCUUUAGGCAAAGAGAAAAACAAUAAACCAAUCGAAAAGCCAUCGAUGAAUUCUCUCACCCAAUCUGAUUGGUCAGUCAAAGAUCCAUUUGAUUUUUUAUUAUAA